UGCUUGAUCCCUCAGAUAGUCCACAGCAUCAGAGCUGGAAGGACACAUCUCAUCUGUGAGUUCUCCAGUCAGGGGGGAAAAAACCCUGCAGAACAAAAACAAGGAUUCAGGAGGAACCGGUCCAGUAAACCAGCUUCCAGAGCAAGACCAUGGCCCUCGAGCACAACCACUCACUGGACUUCUUGAACGGCACACCAUGGUUCAUUUACGAGUGCACCAUCGAGCUGGAUGCCAGCUACAGACGCAUUGCCCUCUUCCUUAUCUACCUGUUCAUCUUCAUGGUGGGCCUGCUGGAAAACCUCCUGGUUGUCUGGGUUAACUGGCGCCGCCGGCACUCAGCCAAUGGUGUGCUCUUCUGCAUCAUUAACGUGAGCCUGUCAGACCUGAUGGUGAUUGUGAUCCUGCCUUUCUUCAUGCUGGAGGUGACCUUGGACAAGGUUUGGUUGUGGGGCGGCUUCCUCUGCAAGGUUACCAACCUCAUCUAUGUGGUCAACUUCUACAGCAGCUCCUUCUUUCUGGCCUUCAUGACCCUGGAGCGCUACCUGUCCCUGACCAGACCGUCUCUGCCAACCCUCCUACCUGUGAUGGGCCGGCAGCGCUGGCUGAUCUGUGGAGGAAUGUGGUUGUUUUCCCUGUUUUUGGCCCUGCUGGAAAAUGUCCACGUGGAACUCCUUGAGUGGGACGAACCGGGCUGCUACAUGCUGCCUGAGCACAACUUCACUGAGUGGUUUGUGUCCGUGGCCUUCCUCUGUACGAUCUUCCAGUUCCUGGGCCCGGCUGCCAUCAUCAUUACCUGCAACGUGUUGAUCGCCCGUGCAGUUAAAACCGCCCCGGAUGUGGAGGGCCGGCGGGACGUAUGGUUGGUCCAUGUGUACUCCCUGGUAUUCGUGGUGUGCUGGCUGCCCUACCAUCUGGUCAUGUUGCUUAUGAUCAUAGACGACCUUGACCCCUUCGUGUUUAGCUGUAACACUGUGGAAGUCCUUUACUUCUCCUUCAUUGUGGUGCAAGGUCUCUCUCUUUUCCACUGUGUCGCCAAUCCAGUCCUCUAUAAUUUCCUCAGCAAGAGCUUUCGGCGCAACCUCAUCAACACUGUCAUAAGCUACAUCCCAAGGGAGGCACCAGCAGAGCAGGGGGAAGUAGGGCCAAAACCCAACACUCCCAAUGGGAGCAAAGAAGGCCCGGGUAAGCAGCGAAGGAUGAGCAACGCAAGCACCAGCCAGUCUGAUGUUGGAUCAUAAGAAAGAAGCUCAGAUCCUCGUCAGGAAUGAGACAUUUUGAUUAAUUUCAGUAAAAUCUGGACAAAAGUCUAAUUCAGCUGGGCGCUUCAGACUGGCAGAGGCAUCUAAUGGGCACAACUUCAUCUCAUAUCCUACUUCCUGCUUGUUUUCCCUGCAUGAAUGUCAUCAGUUUUAAGUAGAGCAGGGCAGGAAAUAUUUGUUUUUUCUACAAAGCUGCUCAGCUCCCACAGGACCUUGGGCCAAUAACUAAUCUUCCAACAAAUGGGAAGAAUAGUGCCACACCAGGAAUGUGUGUAAACAAAUCAUCUGCAGAGUCAGUCACUUGCAGCCCAUAUGUACUUCUAAACUUGUUGCAAACAGAAAUGCAGCUGUUUAUUUUCAGAUCACAUCAUGACAUAGAUCACUAAAUUCUUAUUUAACAUUUCUGAUGUAGUAAUGGUCUGUGUACAUGGAAUAAAAAAACUUUAAACAUU